GGUUGUUUCCCCUUAUUGUUUUCUUUUUUUGUCAAGUAAAAAAAACAUUUUCCGUUUCUCUUCACUUCCCGCCAAGCCCGCCAUUUCUCAAAAGCAAAUUGAACACGAGGCACGCCAUAUUCUUUUGCUCCGUAAGUUCUAAUUUGCAAUAAGUAUUUCAAUUUAUCAUGAUGAAUAUCGCUGAUAUUGAAAAAAUUGCUAAUCGAAAACGGAUUAACGCUGAAGCAGAAAAGCUACGCGAGAAAGUUAACAGAGAGACUGCUAAUAUUAUUAAACUUAAGGUUGCCCAAGAUACAGCUUACUGGGAUUUGAAAGAAAAACUUCAUCAACUCGAGAACAAUCAUGAGCGCCUACAGCAAAACAUGGUUGAAGUGCAAAUGCAGCACGAAGCGAUAUCGGGUCAAUAUCAAGACGAGCUUAGACUGCGACCUGAAACAUUAAACAAGUUGAGUGGUACUCGUGAGAUCUGCGAUGUUUUAGAAGAAUACAGCGAGCGGCUUAAAGCAAGUGUGUCACGUUGCAAGAAUGACCAAGCAACUCUAGCUGAAGCCUACAAUAAAUCCGGCCAGCUUGUUCGGGAAAUUAAAGAUAAACAAACCCAGUCUGAAGAGAAGAACUUGCAAAUUAUUACCAAUUUACAAGAAAAAGUCAAACUUCUUGCUGACCACAAGGAGCAAAUGUCUCAAGUAUUUACUUCAUCUAAACAGCAACUAGAUUCAGAGUUGAAUGACGCUCGAACCAAACUUGCCACUUCUCUUAGCCAAAAAGACGAGUUGUUUGUAGCUUUGAAUGAUUUGAGCAGAAAACUGGAUCAUACUAAACGUGAAUUGGAGAAGAAAGAUGAUAAUAUCGCUGACUUACAAUCAGACAUGAAAAAAUGCAUUCUAGAAUGCAAUAAUCACAUCGCUGACCUGAAGAAUGCUAACACUCAACAAGAAAAAGUCCUGAAAGAAUGUACCGUAGCCAAUGAAUCUCUCAAGAAAGCGCUCCAGAACCAGGAACAAUUCACUCAGUCGAUUUGCGAUCAGAAUAAUAAGCUACAAGAGAAAAUUUCAUCUUUAGAAGAAGAACUAAUAUCCAGCUCUAAUAAAAUAAAAGAUUUGGAAAAGAAGCUAGAGGAAUCCAAUUUGGAGUGUGGUGAUCUGAUGAAAAAUAUUAAAGUGCUUAAUGAGAAGACAGAAGAGUUGAAAAUAGAAAUAGAAGAGAAAAAGAUGCUUUUAGAACAAUCGUUGAUCGGACAACAAAACUUGAAAGAUCAAGUUUUGGCACUGGAAGAGCAGAAAUCUGAAACUGUCGUUGAACUCAACAAUGCUACCCAGGAAUUAGAAAUCAAAUCUAUUAAAAUCGAGGAAUUGACUUCAACCAUCCAGGAACUACAAGUAAAGAUUUCUGAAAUGGAAACAACUCUGGAAAAUAACAAAGCCGAAAACGUAACUAAAAUCGAAGAGAUCAGUAUCAUAUUAGAAACCAAAGUAAAACUUAUUGAAGAGAAAGAUAAAGAGCUGGACUGUAAAGCAUCUACUAUCAAUCAGCUCAUGUCUGAUCUAAAGAAUGGUACCGAUGCUAGAACUAAACUAGAAAACAACAUCGAAAAGAUGAAAAAGGAUAUGGAAACUGAUAAAAAUAUUGCAAAGGAAAAUGAAAACACUCUGAAGAAGAAAAUAGAACAAUUGGAGAAUACUGCUAAAGAGAAAGAAAUGGAGCUAUCAAAACAAAUGUCCAUAAUAUUAGAGACCCGUAAGGAGAAGGAUAGACUUCAAGAAAAGUUGAAAAGAAUGCAAAAUACAAUAGAUAACAUCGAAAAAGAAGUUACAGGGCGCUCUGCUGCUGCCGCACAGCCAACGCGUCAGCCAGCUGAAUUAGAUGAUAAUGCGAGAAUGAUCAAACCAGCACCGCCAAUCAAGAGAGUUGGCAUCCCUGCUCCGAAGAAAAUCCAAAAGUCAUCGGGGUACACAGUACAGAAAGAAAAAUCCAAGAAAGUAGACAGUUUACUCUUUAAUAUAUUUAGCGACAGUGACAUGGAGAACGACCUUAUGGCUGACCCAGCGCAAAUAAAUCGUCAUUUCGAUGCUAUGAUGCGUGGUGACAGGGUCUCACCGUUGAGCUUUAAACGACGUGCCCCCAAUUCGGGAGCUCAAGAUGAAGUAAUAUCUCUUGCUCAAUUGAAAGAAGCAAAAAACAAACGUUCCUUAUUCAAAAACAAGCGACCGGAUAACAAAGCCAAGAAAUUGAAGCCUGAGGAAUGAGGAUACGACGAAUAAGUAAUUUCGUAUAAUUUCUGAAUUACUCAACGUAACAUAAUAUUCAGCUUAAUUGCUUCAGUUGUUUUUAUCACUACUACUUUGUUUUAUGAUAUAUUCAAUAAGUCUAAAUUCGGACCAAGGUUGCAGGACCCCUGAACAUUUGAUUGGUUGAUUUUUCUUAGUAGACUCUUAGAAUAUUUUGAUCUUCUUUGUUAUAUAACUCUGUCAACCAAGUCUGGCAGUAAAUAAGA